CCACCCCCAAACACACACAACACACACUGCGGCACAAAUAAAACACCACCCCCCCCCAAUCCCUACUCAUAAAUUCUCGCCCUCUUCUUUUCACCUCCUCACAUUCUCUCACUACUGAGAACUGAGUAGAGCAUAUUUUUCCCCAAAACCGAGGAGAGAGAGAGAGAGAGUUAGAGAGAGAGAGAGAGUGAGAGAUGGCCGAAUCGACACUGCUCACAGAUCUCGGCACUCAGAUUAUCAUCCCUGUCUGCGCUUUAGUUGGAAUAGCUUUCGCUCUCCUGCAAUGGUACUUCGUCGCCAAGGUCAAGGUUUCGUCGGAAAAAUCCGACGCCAAAAAUGGUUUCUCUGAGCCGCUCAUUGAGGAGGAGGACGGCGUCAGUGAUCACGCCGUCGUUCGCAAGUGCGCCGAGAUCCAAGCCGCCAUCUCUGAAGGUUCAACAUCGUUUCUUUACACCGAGUACAAAUAUGUCGGCAUAUUCAUGGUUGCUUUUGCCGUCGUGAUUUUCGUCUUCCUCGGAUCAGUAGAGGGAUUCAGCACAAAGCCGCAAACUUGUACUUACGACGCAACCAAACUGUGCAAGCCCGCUCUUGCCACAGCUGCUUUCAGCACCAUAUCCUUCAUACUCGGUGCAGUCACUUCUGUCAUUUCUGGCUUUCUUGGAAUGAAAAUUGCCACGUAUGCCAACGCCCGUACCACUUUAGAGGCUAGAAAGGGUGUGGGAAAAGCCUUCAUCGUUGCAUUUAGAUCUGGUGCAGUUAUGGGCUUCCUUCUCGCUGCAAAUGGGCUUCUUGUUUUGUACAUUGUCAUAAACCUCUUCAAGUUGUACUAUGGAGAUGAUUGGGAAGGCCUUUUUGAGGCUAUAACGGGGUAUGGUCUUGGUGGAUCUUCCAUGGCUCUUUUUGGUAGAGUUGCUGGCGGUAUUUACACCAAAGCUGCUGAUGUAGGGGCGGAUCUUGUGGGCAAGGUAGAAAGGAAUAUUCCGGAAGAUGACCCGAGGAACCCUGCUGUGAUUGCAGAUAAUGUUGGUGACAAUGUUGGGGAUAUUGCUGGAAUGGGGUCCGAUUUAUUUGGGUCGUAUGCAGAGUCUUCUUGUGCUGCACUUGUUGUUGCUUCGAUCUCGUCUUUUGGGAUAAACCAUGAAUUCACUGCUAUGCUGUAUCCUCUAUUAGUGAGCUCCGUGGGAAUAAUCGUUUGUUUGUUGACCACCUUAUUUGCAACUGAUUUCUUUGAGGUCAAAGAGGUUGACCAAAUUGAGCCGGCACUGAAGAAGCAACUUGUUAUCUCGACUGUGUUGAUGACUGUUGGAAUAGCUCUCGUUAGUUGGAUUGCCCUUCCUUCCUCCUUCACAAUAUUCAAUUUCGGAGUCCAGAAAGAAGUUAAGAGCUGGCAAUUAUUCUUGUGUGUUGCUGUUGGUUUGUGGGCUGGCCUAAUCAUUGGGUUUGUCACAGAGUACUACACGAGCAAUGCUUACAGCCCAGUACAGGAUGUUGCAGACUCAUGCAGAACUGGAGCAGCUACAAAUGUGAUUUUCGGGCUUGCAUUGGGAUACAAAUCAGUGAUAAUUCCGAUAUUCGCCAUAGCAAUUAGCAUUUUCGUCAGUUUCAGCUUUGCAGCGAUGUAUGGGAUAGCAGUAGCUGCACUUGGAAUGCUGAGCACAAUAGCGACUGGUUUGGCGAUAGAUGCAUAUGGACCAAUCAGUGACAACGCUGGUGGUAUUGCUGAGAUGGCUGGCAUGAGCGCCGUUAUUCGUGAGAGAACCGAUGCCCUUGAUGCUGCAGGAAACACCACCGCAGCUAUCGGAAAGGGAUUUGCGAUUGGAUCAGCUGCACUUGUGUCACUUGCACUAUUCGGUGCAUUUGUGAGCCGAGCGGCAAUUUCGAAAGUGGACGUUUUGACCCCGAAAGUGUUCAUCGGUUUGCUAGUGGGUGCAAUGCUUCCAUAUUGGUUCUCAGCCAUGACAAUGAAGAGUGUGGGGAGUGCAGCUCUAAAGAUGGUUGAAGAAGUGAGAAGGCAAUUCAACACAAUGCCUGGUAUAAUGUUGGGCACUCAAAAGCCCGAUUAUGCAACCUGCGUUAAGAUCUCAACUGAUGCUUCUAUCAAAGAGAUGAUUGCUCCUGGUGCUCUUGUUAUGCUUACUCCUCUCAUUGUCGGUGUUUUCUUUGGCGUCGAAACACUCUCCGGUGUUCUUGCCGGUUCUCUCGUCUCUGGUGUUCAGAUUGCCAUCUCUGCAUCAAACACCGGUGGUGCUUGGGAUAAUGCCAAAAAAUAUAUCGAGGCUGGUGCUUCGGAGCAUGCAAGGACACUGGGUCCAAAAGGGUCGGACGCACACAAGGCAGCUGUAAUUGGAGACACAGUCGGGGACCCACUCAAGGAUACAUCUGGACCUUCGCUCAACAUUCUUAUCAAGCUUAUGGCUGUUGAAUCCCUCGUCUUUGCCCCCUUCUUUGCUACUCAUGGUGGCUUGCUCUUCAAACUUUUCUAAACAGGGGAUGAUGUCAUGAUGAUGAUGUCACUAUGAUGAUGAUGAUGAUGACGAUGACGAACUCCAUGUAAUUUGCCCUCUCCUCCCACAUUUUGUAAUCUCAGCUCCAUUUCUAGUACUUUGGUUUCUUCUUGCCUUCCAAACUGUUUAUCUAUCCUCAUAAAGAUUCUGAGGAGAAAAUUUUCCAUCAACUGUAUUCUAUUCUUUCACUGAGUUAAUCGACAUUUUAUUCUCCCAUUUUACUUUUCUUUUGCCAAC